CAAGGUGCAUUCUGAACACCGAUAUGCCCUCUGUCAACUUUUUAAAUCAAAUUACAGGCUGUAAUAUCAAAGAACUUGUUCAUUACGCGGUUGAAGGAUGCUCGUUCAGAAGCAUGCUGUCGUGAAGUGUCAGGUCAUGAAUGCACCCAGCCAAUCAAGCUUGCCAAUCCAACUUUCUCCCAUCCAUCAAGCCGUGACGGAGAUGGUACUGUACAUCUAACAUGGCCGGAUUGCUUCGAUAUGGGAAUAGAUGUCACCCUGCCGCCAGGUGUACAUAUCAACAAGCUGGCAAUGAAACUGGAUGUGUCGAUUCAACCAAUAGGAAAACUGCGCUGCAUGGAUGUCGCUACCUGUGGCCGCGAGUGCUUCUAUUGCGAUUUCUGCAAAGAAAGCAGGAAGCUAAAACUUUUGGAAAACACAGACGGGAAUCUUUGCCGUGCUACUGCAGAAAGAACAUACCGAUUAACCGUUAAGCUAUGUCCACCACCACAGGAUCCUAAUUUUACUAUGUGUUCUGCAUUUUCUAAAUCGGUUUGGCAAAAAGACUAUUGGCAGAAGCAGGGAGCAGUUGAUGUUUGGAUGAAGUUUUACGAGCGGGGUCAGACUCGUCCAGAGCUAGAGAAGGAAUUUUUCGCACAAAUUGACAAUCCUCUUCUCGGCAAAGCUUUCAAACUCGCAAUUGUUGCUGAAUGGCUUGCUGCGAAUAGUCUUGACGUCUAUGAUUUGGGGAAUUUAACAUUUGCUAGUUGA